CCCGAAUGACAUCACUUCACGUCUCCUGUUCUAACACCCGGCGACGUGUCUCCUGGACUUCCACUCCUUCAUCCAUUUCUCUACCCACCAGUUCCCAUUUACAGAGCACAACAUUGUACUCUGGCACAGUACUACGAAGUACAGCAGCGGACAGCUUCCGGACGUCCUCGGCAAGGUAGACCAUCCACCCCGAUGUGAGAUCUAGUAUGCCUUUUCGCGUUGACUUUGCCUUUGCCGUGGUUGUAGGUCGGAAAACGCUACCGCGCACCGCUGACAGUUAUCCACGGAUUCUGCUCAACGCGGUCCAGAACCAUGGGAUCACUACCCGGACCGAUUCGCGGAUCGCUUGUGCAGCGCCGGGUCUCUUCGUCCGUGUGCAGGUGCGCACCGGCGGAUGGGUGAUUGGCGCGGACGGUAUCAAACACAGAUGGCGGCGCAUCGCGACGUCAAGAAAUAUCUGUCGGCCGACCGGAGAUACGGCGUAUCGGAUCAUAAUUCCCAUGUAUAAGACGCAGGGCGAUCGACGGGCGCUGGAACUGCUGGGGCAGGAUUCUGGUGCUGCUAUAUCCGCAGAAGGAGGGGUCGCGACCGAGGAAAUCUGGACGAGUAACGGCGAUAAAUGGGAGAUGAGGCCGAUUUACUCGGAAUGGAAUGAACUGGUACGCAGUUUAUUGGACUGUGUCCCCACUCCCCAAUCGCGAGACAUGGAAUGGACGCUCAAUCGGCAUUUUCCGCUGCCGACCCGGAUCGAGAAUCGCGCCGUCCGGAUGGGCGAUGCUGCUGUAUGUGGCGCAGGGGGCGGUUCAUGUUCGCUGGCUGACGAUAUGGACGGCGCGUUGGCGGUUCACGAGCGCGUGCGCAAGGAACGAGCGGAGAAAACCGAGCAAAUCGACAAAAGCGCUGCAGUGACGUGGAAGGCAUUGGGCGAGGAGAAGCGCAAGAGAGAUGAAGCCCUUUGGGGCCCGGGCAGGAAUCCCGAUCUAUGGGCGGAUUAUGACUGGCAGGACUUCAUGUGGGGCCACGGAUGUCAUGAGGGAGACGCUGGACAAACUCAAGGACUUGACUUGUCGUCCACAGUCACGGUUGACUGCAGUAGCUUAUUAGGCCGUCGCGACACGGUUGUAAACGCCAUGGUGGUCGACUGGAGGGAGAGGGAGCUCGACCCCGUCAGCACCUUGGGCGCUGCGCGAACGCUAAACUACGCGCUGUCUCGUCCUGCAGCGACUGGCCCGGCUGAACUCCCCCGAGAGGCAUAAGAGGCACAAGAGGCACAAGAGGCACGAUAAAACGCCCGGCGUCUCCGUGUCGGUCGCAAGUGACUCAAGCCACCACCAGCUGGAACGAUCCGUGUCACGGUCGGUUCGGGGCCUGCACAAGAAAAAUAAGACGAUUGGGGAGUCGACAGACUAGAAAUGGACACCCGGGCUAAGUCCAAGGCAGUUAGCGAGUGCUGCCUGGUCCAGAUGGGAAGUCGGCCUUUAAUCUACUUUAAUCUAUUCGGGCGAUCACGUCCCAGAAGCACUCAUAUAGGUAAAUAGGUUCAUUUAUCCGGGAAGACGGGCCUUGAGAAUCGGACCAAAAAAGGAGAUCAUUCAUUAAGUCAUGUCGAGGACAUCACCGAUCUCCCUGGGUGGGUGGAAACACUAGGAGAAUUCCGUGGCAGUGUCGUCGAGCUUAUGCAGG